AUGGCUCCACGAAGAACCUCCGGUUCCGCACUUCCGCCGCUUCCCUCCCCACCGCCCGCCGCUGUCGCGUAUUUGCACGAUCGCUAUCUCCCCUCUCUGCACUCGCGACGCCUCAAUCCCGCCGAGCUGCCCGACUACGCAGCUGACGACGAGUUCUUACCUCCCGCCGUCGAACGCGCACUGAAAGGGUAUCAGGCGAGGCGGGCGGUGGAACGGGCAAGGAAGUUGCACGAGGGCGGGGACAACGACGACGGGUGGGAAGACGAGGACAUUGCUGAUGGAAGGCUGGAUGCCAAGGACAGCGCGACAACGCACCUGAUUGUGCUAAGCCGGCAUCCUGCACUGGUCAAAAGCUCCGUUCGAAGCGGCACAGGCGUCUUCGUCGCCUUACGACACGGCCCAUUGAAGGGCGGCGAGGUCAUCAUCUUCGAGCGAAUGCCUCUCGCCAGCCGACUCGGCAUGACCAUUUUGUACCACGGCCUCGACCGGGGCCGACUCACCAACACGAAGGAGGUGGAGCGGAUGAUGAAGCGGUGGUCAGUGAAGGAGGGCCGGAAGUUUGACGACCCGCGGAAGGCGCUAAGUCGGAUAGAAGCGUUCGUGCGGGCCUACAACAUCGACUGCUCCGAGCUGCUAGAACCGGACUUGCGUAAUUACCCGACGCUCAACAGCUUCUUUUACCGACGACUACGGCCUGGGACUCGCCCGAUCGCCAGUCCCCACGAUGCAACUGUCAUCUCGAGUGCGGCGGAUUGUCGGUUAACGGUCUUUCGGAGCGUUGAAGAGGCGCAGAAGCUGUGGAUCAAGGGCAAGCAUUUCACCCUCGCCUCGCUCUUCCGCGACAAGCGCCUCGCAACCUCGCUUAAGGGCGGUGCGGUUGCAAUCUUUCGCCUCGCGCUCGCCGACUAUCACCGUUUCCACUCCCCAGUCGACUGCAUCGUCGGAUCAACAUCGCAUAUCCCCGGCUCCUACUACACGGUCAACUCGAUGAUUGUGCGCGACAAGCGGUUCGACGUCUUCACGGCCAACAAGCGGGACGUAAAUGUGCUCGACGCGGUACAUCCCUUGACGGGCUCGCCGGUGCCCGUUGCGUUCGUCCAGGUCGGAGCGCUGCUUGUCGCGAGCAUCAAGAGGACGGCGAAGGAAGGGGCGAAGGUGAAGCGAGGAGACGAGUUGGGGUAUUUCGCAUACGGCGGUUCGACAAUCGUUGCGGUCUUUCCGAAGGGGAGCGUGCGAUGGCACGAUGACUUGCUGAAGAACUCGGAGGGACGGAACGCGGAAGGCAUGCAGCUUGAGACGCUGGUCAAGGUGGGCGAGAAAAUAGGUCGCUGGGUUCUUCCGCCAACGCCUCCUCCGGCUCCCCUCAUUUCGUAG